GGUAUAUGGCGAUGCAUUACACUGACGAAUUCAAACGCAUCAGUGAUGAAGUCGCCGUAAUAAAGAAGACAUCAUUGGUAAAGAAUGGAAUUGGAUUGGUAUCGACAGAAAACAUUAUACAGCUUAUCAAAUCAUUCGCGGUACAUAACGAAGACAGUAUAGAUGUCGUGAUCACGCAAGCGAUGACAAAUAUUGUGGAAUUUACCAGGAGUGAAGAGGUUGUCAAAGAUACGUACUCACCGACCAACGAAGCUUUCUACGCGUCUGUCAUCAUCACAUUGAGCGCUGCUGUAAUCUGCAUGCUGAUUGGUGCAACUAUGUCCUACUUUAAAGCGAGAAUAAAGAACAAAGAAGGAAGUGUUCAGAGAAAUGAAAACGCUGAGAAAGAUGUCACACAAAUGAACGACUACACAAAUAAUUAAUGAUAACCGAUGUCAACUUUUAUGAUGACUAUCUAUCGUAGUCAAUAAACUCUCACUCCUUAUUCAUAAUAUCAA